CAUUAUCUCUUCAUACAACAGGGAGUUCCGUCUUAUUGAGCAAAACCUGCGUAUAUCAAAUUCCCACAGCCCGUAGCCUGCUAAAGACAUGGGGCAGAAAUUGCUGCUGCUUUGGGGGAAUUUCCUUGGAAAGACUCUGAGACCAACUCUGAGGUACUGAUGUUCCCCGAUCCUAUAUGAAUAUCUAGUUAAGACUGAAUAUUGUUUUAGGACAGAGGCAGAUCACGAAUAGAAAAGUAAAGUUUUGAAGGCUCAGGCAGACGUGGUUCCAAGUCACCUCCCCAGCUCUGUCAGCGCAAAGACACAUGCCCAUGCUUCCCACGUGUUGUGACUGCACACCGCCCGUGAGGGGAGCAGCGGCUUGUGAAGACCAACGGCAUCAAGGGACACAACUAUGGAUCUCCAACGAAGAGAUCCAGCCAUCCACCACGGCCGGUCUGGGCCAAUGCCUUUCCCUCAUGAGGCACAGAAGAACUUGCAGAAUUUUCUCAAGGGGAAGCCAGUUAUUCUUGGGGUGAGCCAAAUCAUGAUCGGCCUAAUGAACAUUUGCCUGUGGAUUAUGAUAAAGGUCUUCCUUUCAUUCCACCAACUACAUCUAGCACUAGAAAACAGUGCACAUACCUUUAUUUUCCUUUUGGGACCAAUUUUUUUAAUUUUAUCUGGAACUGUGUCCAUUGUGUCUGGAAAGAAGACAACAAAACAGAUGAUCUGUGGCAGCAUUGGGGCAAACACCGUGGCUGCCAUAUUAACAGGACUGUCACUAAUAAUCCUUGCAAUCAGAGUGACCAUAUCCUAUUACCUCUUAUCAAGCGUAUCAGCUCGUUAUUUCAUGACUGGGAUUAUGUUUCUGAAGCUCAUCCUCGUCAUCCUGGGACUCAUCAUCUCAGUGCUGCUGUCUGCAUUUGGAUGCAGUGCUGUCUGCUGUGAUAUGACCUCAGUGGUUGUCGACUUAUCCUCCAAUGAGCAUGGACUUCCCAUGGCUACUCUUUCUCAUGACUAUGAUGAGGUGGCUUUCCAACUCACUUAGUUGUUUGAUAUGUCAACUUUCGAACUAUUCCUGGAUUUACUCUUAUUGUAUUAUUGGGAGUAAAUCAGUAAUCAGGCAGUGAACAGAGCCUUCAGCGUUCUCAAGGGGAGAGAAAGUCACAGAUUUGCUGACAUUGACUCUGCUGUGUCUCCUACUCUACCCCAAUUAUGAUUACAGUUGGACAUGAUAAAGAAAGCCUACGAUCCAUCAGCAUGACCACUGGCGUCAUCGCACACCCUUCGUAAUAUGAAAAAAUGGAACAUACCAGACAAUUUGUAGGAAUUUUGAGACUCUGGUCUGACCUUGGAGGGUAGGUACCAGAACCACUGACUUACAUAAUUUCUGAGAAGCCAUUCAUCUCAGACUGUAAUGCUUACGCUGUACUGGGAAUUGUACAAUGGGCCAGCUGUGUAGAUCACGUUGUUACCGACACUGCCUAACAAGCAUAAAUUUCCAUGAAAUAAAUGAAUUGAAAUAAACCCUGCUCUUAUCCUUUCAC